CGGGAAGGCCUGAGCUGUGCCGCUUCACAGAUGACGUCGAUGAAACCCCUGCGUUCCAUCCCAGCCGUCCAGCCCCAGCCUCCCGUUCCCCAACUCAAACCCCCACGCCGCCGCUCGCCGCCGGCCGCCGGAGGGCCAUCGCCGAUGACCACCCCCGGCGCGGCCACGCCCCCGAGCUUCAAGCGGUCCUCCCCCAGGAAGAAGCAGCGGCCCCGCAGCCGCCUCCUCGCCGCUGACUUCGCCGCCGGAGAGGCCGAGGCUGCGCGGGCGUUGGUGGCGGCCAGGGCCACGCCGCCGGCGGUGUCCCCGCACUCGCCUGUAGGUGCCGCGCUGCCUCGCGAGUUCUUCGAGGUGGAUGCGCUCGACCUCGCCCCCCGCCUCCUCGGCAAGCUCCUGCGCCGCGACCAAGUCGUCCUCCGCAUCACCGAGGUGGAGGCUUACAGGCCAAACGAUUCCGCGUGCCAUGGCCGGUUCGGCAUCACGGCGAGAACCGCUCCUGUUUUUGGACCAGGAGGGCAUGCAUAUGUGUAUCUAUGCUAUGGACUCCACAUGAUGCUCAAUGUUGUUGCCGACAAAGAGGGCGUCGGAGCUGCUGUUCUGAUCCGAGCGUGUGCUCCAGUUAGCGGACUGGAACUUAUUCAGCAACGUCGUGGCCAACAAACCGAGAAGCCGAUCCUACUUACAGGACCAGGAAAGGUCGGCCAAGCUCUGGGGCUUUCCACUGACUGGUCGAACCAUCCACUAUAUACACCCGGUGGGUUGGAAGUUCUGGAUGCACCAGAACCUGAGAACAUUUUGGUUGGCCCCCGUGUCGGAAUCGAGUAUGCAUCGCCCGAGCAUGUCAUGGCGCCAUGGAGGUUCGCGGUUGCGGGCACCCCAUGGAUCAGUGCCCCGAAGAACACUCUCAGACCAUGGUGAAGACCCGGAUAUGGUGGAAAAGAGUGACUCGGCCUUAACAACUCACCCAAUCUAAUGGCGGCACUUUUGUGUUGCCAAAUGCAGUGUGUUUAUUGCCCACUGAAAAACAUGCCAUGUAUCCUAUGAUCUGGUCCAUCUGGACCAGCUGAAAUGAACAAUUUGUACAUAAGAAGCUUUUGUACACACCAGAGAGGUAGAGCAGUAUCUCUUGAUCAUGUUUUCAUACAUUAUAUGAUGAGCCAGGAGUUGUACCGAUUA